GUUGUCUGACUCUCCAAGUACCCUCACAACCACUCUUCUAAUUCCUUAACGCCAAAUUGUCUUUCUCAUAUUCAUCACAUCCCACAUUUCUCUUUCUCCAUCUUCAUCAUUCACCAAAAACUCUCAUUUCACUUCUACAAUCCACCUUGCCACCACCACAAAAAUCACCAACUCUAAUCAAAUUUUCUAAAAUUUAGUACACAAAGCUUUCACUUUUGUAAGGAUCAAUCUUCUUUCGAAGGCUAAUUUGUGGCAAACUCCUCUGGGCGGAAAACACUUGUUAUCGCAUCAAGAUCCAACCUUCAAUCUUAAAUACCCACUUUAUAAUUCAGCCUUGCCCAUCUUUUCCAAAACCCAAAAAAUGUCUAAUCUUAGGCCAAGACCCACACCCACCACAAAGCCACCAUCCACACCCAAAACCCCCAACACCACCACCAAUACAGACCCUGAUCCUGAUGACACACCAAAACCCCAACUCCAACGCCAACAAUCUCUCUCACAAAGAGCAAUCUCCCAAACCUUAUCAACCACAGCCACCUUAGCCAACCUUUUACCCACAGGAACCCUCAUGGCUUUCCAACUCCUCAUACCAGUGUUCACACAAAACGGUACAUGUGACUCAGCCACACGCCCCAUGACACUCGUCCUCUUAGUCAUCCUAGCUCUCUCUUGCUUCCUUGCUUGUUUCACAGACACAAUCAAGGCCUCAGAUGGACAAGUCUACCAUGGCCUUGCCACUUUCAAAGGGCUUUGGCUGUUUGACUAUCCAGGCACUGAAACUCAAGGCUUGCCUGAUCUGAGUAAGUACAGCAUAAAGUUCAUUGAUGUGGCUCAUGCUGUGUUAACUGUGCUUGUGUUUGGUGCUGUGGCUCUGAGAGAUAGGAAUGUUGUGAGGUGCUUUUAUCCAACGCCAGGACAUGAGGCUCAGGAGGUUUUGGACAUUGUGCCUGUUGGUGUUGGCCUAAUUUGCAGCAUGUUGUUUGUGGUUUUCCCAACUAGAAGGCAUGGCAUUGGGUACCCCGUCACACCGGGCAAAUAAAUUGAUCAUUUGUUGCUUGCUUUUUAUGUUUGAUGGGUCAUGGGUGUCAUUAUUUUUCAUGAUCUCCCUUCCGUUUGUUAUUUUGCUUUAACUUUUGUCUUUUCUUUUUUUUUUUUUCUUUUUUGGAUUGAAAGAUUGUAAGUUUGAAUUGGGAGCAUAAUAAAUUAGAAGAAAUUACAGUCAUUUUAUUUUUAUUUUAUGAAA